AUGGGAGAGUUCCAGGAGCUCAAAGCCCAGCAUCCGGCCAACACCGCACAGAGCCUCGGACAGCUCCAAAAAAGGAGCGAACCUUCCACGGCCGCCGCCACAGGAGCGGUGGAGGCGAAAUGCCGAACGGGCGGACUCAAGCUGCAGGAGCUCGCGGCUGCGGCGUGGAACCUUGGGGCCGCGAAGUGCCGCGGCGACCCGUCGCUGUCAGCUGCAGCUGAUGCCGGGCUGCGAGCCGAGGAGCCUUGGAAAGCCCAGGAGGCGUCGAACGUGCUGCGGAAUCCCGGCACAGCUCAGGCCGUGCAAACACCCUUUUCGAACGUGCUCAUGGAGGCAGCCUGUCUGACCACGGAGCUCUCAGCACAGGGCAUUGCAAACGCGGCGCAAUCCACGAGCACUCCGGCAUCAGAGCAUGAGCCAGCGACGAGGGCAGCAGGAGCCAGAGGUGUGGAAGAGAUCAGCGAGCUUUCAUUGCAGGGACUCUCCAACUGUGCACAGACUCCUGGAACUCCUGCGGCCUUGGAUACGCAGUUGCCGGAAGCUGCCGCAACUCGCUUUUGCAGCUUGCCUCUCCGCGACUGGGAUCCUGGUGCUCGAGAGAGGCAUGACCACCUGCUUGGUCUCGUUUCUGCACUGGCUCUCUCCGCGGGAGGUGCCGAGCUCCCUCCCUUGGUGGAUGUCGCCACUCGCGCUGAGGAGCUUCUGAGACGGCGUGCGCAGGAGAUGGAUGGCCAACAUUCACGAGCGAUCUCGCCGGACUUGGACGAGUUCAGGCCCAGAGCCUUCGAGAGGCCCGGCAACCGGCCCUGCAUUCUGCUGGAGGGAGCUGAAGCAUGCGUCUUGUGGAAGCCACCUGGCUGGACGGUGUCCGUGGGAAGCUUCGACGAGGACGAGGAGGAGAAAGCCUGGCGCAGCGGCGCGGUAGGCCAACCACUGCAGUCCUGGGUGCUUGACAACCUGGGACCUCACUGGCCCAUCGCCCGCGAUGAGAAAGCCGAGUUUGGCUUGGUGCACCGCCUGGAUCGGGACACCUCUGGCCCCAUACUCUGUGCAAAAACCUACCGGGGAUUUCAUGGACUUCAACUGUGCCUCGUUCGCUUCCAAUUGCGCAAGGACUAUGUUUGCCUUUGUGAAGGCUUUCUGUCAGUCCUUGGCCUGCUGGACGCGAAGCUCCGCGUCGAGGGCUCGGGGAAAUCCCUCCGCAGCGUCGUGGCGCCGAAGGGCCGCGGGAAGCGCGCCGUCCUGGAAAUCCUGGAGGUCUCGCAUUUCUUGACCGAGACUUCUGAAGCCGUGAGCCUGGUGAGGAUCCGCUUGCGCACUGGUCGAAUGCACCAAAUCCGUGCACAUCUGAGCAGCCUUGGUCACCCCCUGCUGGGAGAUGUCCUCUAUGGAUCGCCCCGUGCUUGGCUGCCCCGGAUCUUUUUGCACGCCGCGUCUGUCGGCAUCAGAGUACAUGGGUUGCACGGCGAGCCCUUUCACGUGGACUGCGUACUUCCACCGGACUUGCAGCAAGCUCUGGGGCGCUGCGCACCACUGGACAGCUCGUCUCGGUCAUGUCGCGAGAGCUGGCUGAGCGGCGAAAUAGACAGCAUGGAAUCUAAAGUGAAUGCUCUGCAUGCUCUCGAAAUUGAUAUCUCUCCAUUCUCCCGUGGGUUUCUGCCCGAAGCGUACAGGUUCGACCGCUUUGGGUUUGAGGGUUUAGGGUUUAGGGAUCUGUCACUGGUGUCAAUUGUCCUGGAGAUGCUACAUCUUGUUAUGGUUACUUGGUCACGAGCAUAUGCAACCGACUAA